AUGGUCGUCUUUGUUGAUCUCGAAGAGGACGACGAACCUCUCCAUGUCCUUGAGGCCCGUCGCUUAGCAGCCGCAGCCGCCUUUGUAACGGAUAACCUUGAAUCACGACACUACGACUUCCGCCGUGAGUUCCAUAAACCGACAAUGGCUGCCGUAGUAGCUCCAGCUCCAGCUCCAAUCUUACCUCUGGCCCAUGUGCCAGAGCCAGAGCCGGAGCCUACCCCGACUUUCCAGAGUGCUGCUACAGAGGCUCUUGGCUGUUACCCUAUUGUCAUGGCCAUCGCGCAACACAUCGAUCUCAACAGCCUUGACAGCUUGGCACGCACCUCGCGUCUGGUCCGCCAAGGUCUCCUACAAUACCGCAACAUCCUCCUCUCCUCGACGCUACACUGCUCUAACGAGGGCGCACCCGUCGACCCAGAGCCCACCUUCCGCUUUCGUGCGAGGGCGAGCAACUGGUACUACAUGGAAGAUGGCCGGAGUUACAAUGGCAAGAGCGGCAGCUGUGCCCGGGACCUGGGUAUGCCGUCCUAUGUCAUGCCGCAUGUCCUUGGCCCUCUCUUCGAGAGCGGCUUCCCUACUGGUGUGAAGAGGGGUGGCCAAAAACCACUCUCCUCCAAGGACAAUUGCGCUAUCAAACCUCCGGCCCAGGUGGCUCUCCGUGAGCGCCAUCGUCGGCUGUGCCAGCCAUGUACCAAGGCUCCAAUCGCCUUAUUGGUAAACCCUGCGCUUGACCCUGCAACUUCGCUUCUCGACGACGCGGUACGACGGGAGGUCUGCAGGUGUGACAUUGAUGGUGUAUGGCUUUGCCAGCCAUGCGGGCGGAGCAUGCGCGCUGCCGAUCAGGACUAUCAGCGCAUCUGGAAAUGGCGCGCUCACUACGGUGAAGUCCUCGGUGGCUUGGGUACGGGCAUCGGCGAGGGCGACCGCGGUGUAAUUUGCGGCCGUGAGGAGUCAUGCGUCGGCGCCAAGGAGCGUGAGAAUGAGACAGACUGUGAUGCAGAGGACGCGGCCGUUAGCGGGGCUGGGUUGUGGACUGCCACGGACGAGGUGCAUCUCGAUACCGUGCGCUAUGAGCGGACGCCGAGUCCACAGCUUGGCCCCGGCUACGAGAGGCAUGAAAUAGAGGGCAUCGGGGGCGUGGUCAAGACCAAGCUCGUGAGAAUGGUGAGUGUUGGCGCGUGCGUGCCCGAGUGGGACGACGAGAAGAGCCACCACAAGAUUCUUGCCAGAGAGGUUAAUGGCCUCCGGAGGAAUUGGUGUGGUUGGUGCUGGAGGGUCAUUCCCGGAAAGGAUGAUCUAGAGAAGGCUGGCGUGAAGAUGCAGCAGCUUUGA